AUGGCUCUUUUGCCCAAGACAGACGACACAUGGACAAGAGUUGCGAUACCGUUGAUGUCGUUCAAUAUCCAUCAGAAGUUCUUGAGCGCGAAUUGGCUGCCUUCAGUCUUACAAGCCGCCCGAAACGCCCUCUUCCCCGACAAUCGUCUCGCAGCCCCUCGCAUCCCACCGUCAGACGACGAAGUCAUCCAGAUCAGGCGCGAAUGCGCCACAGCUAUCCUCGACGCCAUUCCCAGCAUUGUUCGAACCCACUUCUUCGCCACCACGGACGAAGACGAGAUGGUGCGAGAGCUUGAAGCUGAGUUGGGUCUUCUCGGCGAUGCCCACAUCAACAAGCACCUGAUCGUUUCGGUAAUCGAGCUGCUCGUAGUACGCCUGUUCCCAGAACUUGUCGAGGGCAGCUCAGCGGGACGCUAG